AUGGGGAUUGAAGAGUCACAGGUGUUUUGGGUUUUUUUAAUACUGCAUAUAGUAGGAAUCCUGCUUGCUAUAUGAAGUACUACUAGAAGGACCAAAAGAGUAGGGGUUGAUGGCCAUGUGAAAAGAAGGACUAUUAGGAUGGACACUAUCGCUAUUUGCAGAUUUUUGAACUUUACCACCUAAGUGUGGAAUUUUUUCCGCGUGUGAAAAGAGGAUUCCACAUGUGAAAUCAAAAGGGCUCCACACGUGAAAAACACCUUUUCAUACGCGGAAAAAAAUCCACACUUAGGUGGUAAAGUUCAAAAAUCUGCAAAUAACGAUAUAAAUUUAGCGAAAAUUUCAGGAAAAAGGAAAAAAAAGAAAGCCACUGUCCAAGAAAUUCAUAGAAAUUAUUUUUACGUGUAUUACCUUGCAUUGAAAGUAUAUUAUUAAUUAGCAAUGCCAUGCGUUAUUUGAAAUAUUUUUUAGAGAGCUAGAAGGCAAAGAAAGAGCUCAUGUAUGCAUUGCCUAUUUUAUUAACUUGCUAGGGGUGCUAGGAAUCUCAGGGGCGUUUAUAAAGGCUGAACUUAAUUAUUUUAUUGUGGAUUUAGCUAAAAAUGCUGAAAUUUAGCAUUAAAAUUAAUAAAAAAAAAUAAUAAAAAAAAUUUUUAUUGCAGGAGGAGUUUCAAUGAUUUUGGCAAGAUUGAUGCAUGCGUUAUACUUUAGUCUCCAGAAAAAAGAAAAGCCACUGAAAGUUAGAUAUAAUACAGAUGAUGAAAUGGCGAAACAAAUUGAAACAGUUGUAGUUCAGAGAUUAAUAAGGCAUAGAGAAACUAAAGAAAAAUUAGGCUAUAUGCUGAUGAUUCUUUAUUAUGUGGGGAAUUUUUAUUAUUGUAUUGAUUUUCUUGUAAGUCUGAAUAGUGAUCAGAAAUGGACAUGAUUUUUGUGUGUUGUUAUGGGGUUUGUUUUUGACACUUUUGUGAUUGAAUUUGUGAGGAUUGGGGCGCAGCUGUGUGCACUGAUUAUUUUAAGCAGAGGUGAUAUGAGUAAUUUAGAGCCUUUGUUGUUGUUUAUUUUGACUGAACAAUUUAUUAAUUUAUUCGAAUAG